AUGUCUUCCCCAGACAGUACAACCCACACACCCACCACCACUCCAACAGUGGUUACUCCGGACCCGCCAUACAGCAUCUUUGACAAACGUCAAAAGUGGCUAAUCAUCAUCAUUGUCUCGACAGCAGCAACAUUUUCGGGCUUCGCUUCAAACAUCUACUUUCCCGCUCUACCAACCAUUGCGAAUGAUCUCAAUGUAUCCCUCGAACUCGUCAACCUCACCGUCACCUCCUAUCUUAUCUUCCAAGGCCUAGCACCGAGUUUCUGGGGCCCAAUAUCCGAUGUGAAGGGUCGGCGCACCGCCUACAUCUGCACCUUUAUCGUGUUCUUCUGCGCGUGUAUCGGCCUCGCGGAGACCAAGAACUAUGCGACGUUGAUUGUCGUUCGGUGUCUUCAGAGCGCCGGCAGCGCCAGCACAAUUGCAAUUGGAUCUGGCGUGAUUGGCGACAUCACCACUCGUGCUGAUCGAGGCGGGUAUAUGGGGAUUUUCCAAGCAGGGCUUCUUGUUCCAGUGGCCGUGGGGCCAGUGAUCGGAGGCGCAAUCGCCGGUUCGCUGGGAUGGAAAGCAAUCUUUUGGUUCCUGGCUAUCUACAGCGGUGUCUUCUUGUGUCUAUUGAUUGCUGUGCUUCCUGAGACACUGCGAUCCAUUGUCGGCAAUGGCUCUCGAAAGUCGUCCCACCCCCUACGCAGAUACCCACUGAACCUCUAUCAAAAAUCAAGCAAGGUACCAUGGCAGCAGGGCCAGGACGGCCAGUCCACAACUGCAGCAAAGAAAAUCGACCUUUUGGGACCGCUUCGCAUGCUCCUCAGCAACCACGCAGCCCCUAUCAUCUUCUUUCUGGCGAUUUACUAUGCAGUGUGGCAGAUGAGCAUCACGGCAAUGUCCUCACUGUUCAAAACCCGCUACGGGCUGUCCGAGAUCCAGAUUGGCCUGACCUUUAUUGCGAACGGGGUUGGCUCGAUGGUCGGGACCUUGGUGACGGGCAAGAUCCUCGAUGCCGAUUACCGUCGCGUCAAGACAAAGUACGAGGCUUCAUUCGACAGCGAGCAUGGAGAUGCAAUCUCCCAGACUGCACGGGAGGAGAACUUCCCUCUGGAGAGCGCUCGCCUCCGUCUUGUCCCCAUCUUCUCCAUUACCCAGUGCCUUUCCAUUAUUCUGUUUGGCUGGACAAUUCAGUACCCCAAUAAAGUCCACAUCGCGGUGCCGAUUGUGUCCACCUUUAUCACAGGAUGGACAGCGGUCUCCACGCAGUCCCUCAUCAUGACAUAUCUGGUUGAUAUCUUCCCUGAUAGAAGCGCUGCCGCAAGCGCUAGUCUGAACCUGGCAAGAUGCCUGUUUGCUGCCGGCGGUACGAGUUUUAUCAUGCCUAUGAUCAAUGGGGUGGGCGUUGGAGUGGCAUUUACGAUCUGCGUUGUCGUACAGCUGGUGGCCUUGAUCGGCCCUCUGGUUCAGUGGAAGUUUGCUGCUAGAUGGAGAAGGAAAGAGAGAGAGGAAGCUGCGCAAAGGGAAGAGCAAAAGGGAGAGUGUUGA